CGGUGAGGCAGCGGGGGUGGGGAUCGGUUCGGGGGAGGCCUGGGGCCGCUCGCUGGUGCGCUGUCUCCGCCACCCCCCCUUUCGCCGCCGCCGCCGCCGCCGCCGCCCCGGGCAUGUCGUCCAACUGCACCAGCACCACGGCGGUGGCGGUGGCGCCGCUCAGCGCCAGCAAAACCAAGACCAAGAAGAAGCAUUUCGUGUGCCAGAAAGUGAAGCUAUUCCGGGCCAGCGAGCCGAUCCUCAGCGUCCUGAUGUGGGGGGUGAACCACACGAUCAAUGAGCUGAGCAAUGUCCCUGUCCCUGUCAUGUUAAUGCCAGAUGACUUCAAAGCUUACAGCAAGAUCAAGGUGGACAAUCACCUCUUCAAUAAGGAAAACCUCCCCAGCCGCUUCAAGUUCAAGGAGUACUGUCCUAUGGUGUUCCGAAACCUCAGGGAGAGGUUUGGGAUUGAUGACCAGGAUUACCAGAACUCAGUGACACGCAGUGCCCCCAUCAACAGCGACAGCCAAGGCAGGUGCGGCACGCGCUUCCUCACCACCUACGACCGGCGUUUUGUCAUCAAGACUGUGUCAAGUGAGGAUGUGGCUGAGAUGCACAACAUCUUAAAGAAAUACCACCAGUUCAUAGUGGAGUGUCAUGGCAAUACCCUCCUGCCACAGUUCCUGGGCAUGUACCGCCUGACCGUGGAUGGUGUGGAGACCUACAUGGUGGUCACCAGGAACGUGUUCAGCCAUCGGCUCACCGUACAUCGCAAAUACGACCUCAAGGGUUCCACAGUUGCCAGAGAAGCGAGUGACAAGGAGAAGGCCAAGGAUUUGCCGACGUUCAAAGAUAAUGACUUCCUCAAUGAAGGGCAGAAGCUGCACGUGGGAGAAGAGAGUAAAAAGAACUUCCUGGAAAAACUGAAGCGAGAUGUUGAGUUCCUUGCCCAGCUGAAGAUCAUGGACUACAGUCUACUGGUGGGCAUCCACGAUGUCGACCGGGCAGAGCAGGAGGAGAUGGAGGUGGAAGAGCGAGCAGAGGACGAGGAAUGUGAGAAUGACGGGGUGGGCGGCAGCCUGCUCUGCUCCUACGGCACGCCCCCAGACAGCCCUGGCAACCUCCUCAGCUUCCCCCGCUUCUUCGGACCAGGCGAGUUCGACCCCUCGGUCGACGUCUACGCCAUGAAAAGCCAUGAAAGUGCCCCUAAGAAGGAGGUCUAUUUCAUGGCCAUCAUCGACAUCCUCACACCAUAUGAUGCCAAGAAGAAAGCGGCACAUGCUGCCAAAACAGUGAAACAUGGGGCAGGGGCUGAGAUCUCCACUGUGAACCCGGAGCAGUACUCUAAACGCUUCAACGAGUUCAUGUCCAACAUCCUGACGUAGUCAUCUCUGCCUUCUGCCAGGGCCAGACUGCUGGACAAGGGGUCGGGGAUCGGGAGAGGGAAAGGGUGUAUUUGGGCUAGAAGGGAGGGCGGGGAGCAGAGGGGGAGCAGAGGGCUUUAGUAAAGGGACUGCAGCCUGUGACACAUAGCAGUUCUAGCAGGGAGGGAGGGGGACGUGCUGUGUGUGCGCGUGCUCACAGGAUGUAGCCUUACUUCCUGCUCACCCUUGAUAUGCCCCUUUGUCCCUGGUUAAAUGGGCUCCCCUCUUGAUAUCUUGUAACCUUUGGUGAUACAUUGGGGCUAGAGAUGAUUUUGUGGGUUUCUUUGGGUUUGUUUCUGAAAUUCAUUGCCCCAGGUUUGCUAUUUCUAAUGCUCUGUGUCAUCACCCUAGCCACCUCCCUGUUCCUAGCAGGCUCUCAGUUCCCUUCAGUUAAGACCGGCACAGUUGCUCCGACACCGUGAGAGGAGGUCAGACACCUCCGUCAGCCAUGUUUUGAUCUCACCCAGAAGGACUUUUUAAUUUCCUGGAGUAUUGUGCAUAGCUCCCUCCAUGUUUCCACCUGGGAUCCAAGUGAAAUGUUACAUUCACUCCUCCAUCCUGUCCUCACAGAAGAACAUUGCGGGUUGACCCCAACGUCUUGGACCAGAGUCCGAGGCCUCAGAGGGGAACAGGUUCAUCUUCAUGAGAUGAUGAGUGAGCAGAAAGCAGCUGGGCCCUCAGACAGCUGGUUCUCAAAGAACCCAGUGACCACCCCCCAGCCACCUGCGCCUCGGACCUGGAAUUGUGAUGUCUGUCAAGCCUGCCUCCCACUGGCUCAAGGGGAACUAGAAAGCUUCUUCGCAUUUAUCAGGACCCCUGUGUUUCAGUGGAAUCCCAGAAACUAAUACGUAUCAAACGGGGUCGUGUGCAUCAUCCAUAUCCUAACUCCUGACCUCUGGCGUGCAGUCACCUGUAACUAGCAUAUGGUCAGGGGCAGAGCCCUCCGUCCCUGGGUGCUCACUGCAGAGACACCACUGCAAAGCCCCAGCCUACCGUGUAGGUGUCUGGCUCCCUGUGCCUGUGAUUUCCCACCUGGAUAGCUUCAGCCAGCAAGGUGCUCCACCCAAGGUUGCUUGAGCCACUUGAGGAUGUGACCCAGGAAAGCCUAUUUGGAGGCCAGAUGUGGGGCUUGACCCACCCCCAGCCUCAGGGCUGAUUUUCCUUGCCCUCUUACCCUUUCUGAACUUGGGAUCUGCCAACAGGCCUCCUCGGAAAGAGCAACAUCCUGCAGUCUCCUUCAGGAUUCCGGCCCAGUGCCUCAGAAGGGAACUACGCAAGUAAUUCUGAUGCCACCAGAGUAACUGGUGGCCAGGAAGAAAAAUGGCCCUGUUGGCCUGCACUGGGAGAGGUACAUUCCUAUCUCCUCCCAACCCCUCAGAAGGAAUCAGGAAUUUAGGAUGAGAUGGAGAAUUUGUAGAUAACCCCAAAGAUGUGAAGCGGGUUUGUGGAACUGUCUCGGGUGAAUAGAGGACUCCUGUGACUGCCUCCCAAGCUAGCCAAGCUCAGCUGUGGGAGCUGGAGCCAUUGUGUGGUCCUCCAUACCCAGCACUGAGAGAAGAAGCGAGAUAGCAGUCGGCUUCUUUCUCUUGAGCUGCCACAUUGGGUGGAAGCCCUCCUGGUGAGGCAGGUCGGCGCCAUACUCCUGCCCAAGAAGAGUAUAGGUCAAGUUCUGGGGAUCAGAACCCAGAAGUGUCUUGGGGAAGUACCAGAACCACGUGGUUCAUGGAGAAAUGUUUUUAAUUUAGGAGAGGGUUAUAUAGGAAUAAUGUCUGGACUGAUUUCUCCACCUCACAAUCAAGAGUGAAAAAUCUGCAUCUGCUCCCAGUAACCCCAAGCUUGGAAGCCGAGGCUGAUCCUAUUGUCCUGCGUAUGAAAAGUGUAACAAUCUUAUCAAAGCAACUACGGGGAUCUAACUUGUUUAACAUUGAGUUUUGUGGGGGUUUUGUUUUUGUUUUUUGUAUAUUGUUUACAAUUUUGAGAGGUAGCAUUCUGUUUCAAAUGCUCUUUGUUUUCCUGACAGUAUUGUUGAGUGGGUCAAAAUAUUUGAGCUGUGGUUUGGUGGACUUGACAUUGUUUUUUAAAAGGUCAUUCUCUGUGUUGUCUUCAAAACCUCGGGUUUGGCCCUGAUUCCUUUGGCAUUCAUAUGUUUAAAAGCUAUUUAUCUUGGUUCAUAUAAGUUUUCUUCCUUUUUGUGGCAAAAAUAUGCUAUCAGUCUCAAAGUGAUCACACACACACACACACACACACACACACACACACACACACACCCCUGCUCCCUCUUUUCUGAGUCCCACCGUUCACUUUCUGGACAGCAUGUGUUGAGACCCUUAACUUCACUCCUCAGGGCCAUGAAGAUCGGCCAGACCAUCUUAUGGCAUCCAGAAUCACCUUGGGUCUUCCAGGAAUAGAUCUUUAAGAAUUAAGACCCAGACGAUUCGGGAAAGGGAAGGGAUCCUCUCCCCAGUUCUUCAUCCUGACACAGCGGAGCAUCCAGUCACAACUUCUCUGUUCCCCAUCCCUCCUGUGGAAAGUGUGAAGCUGAGAACAUACAUCUCACAUGCAGCUAAAGUGAGGGGUACUAUGGAAACUCUUAACAGACACUAAGUAAUGGCCACGGGCUGUUCCAGUCUGAGCCCUACCCUGUGUCAGGGAUGUGCAGGGCCGGGCAAGGAAUGCGGUUCUGCUGCAGUACUCAAUCUCUCCUUAUCUAGCUCAGGGGUUACUGGUCUGUGGCUGGCGCCAUCCAUGAGUGGCCCCCAGGCUGUUCUCAGUGGCACUAUAGUCCCCCACAGGCAGCUCUUCCCCCCCUCGCCCAUCACUUUUCUUCAUCCUGGGCUUCAGGCCUGAACAGGUCCCCUGACAGUGCUCAAGGCUGGAGAGGCUGGAGUCCUGCCAAGCCCUCCCCUCUUCACAGUGUGCCGGGCCUGCCUGAGAGGUGGACCAAAGACCCAGGCCUUUCUUAGUAGCCGACCUCACCCCCAGUUGUCUUACCAGUUCAGGUUGAGAGGGGAAAAGCAUUAGCUGUUUCAAGUCUUGACCUACUCAAAAGUAUGUCGGGCACAAAGGACAGUGCACUCAGCCCUCAGAGCCCUGGCUUGUGGCUUCCUGAGUUUAGAGACCUCACCUCUGUGGCAGUAAGGGGGGUGGGGGCCCAAAGGGAAACACAUUUAGACAGCUGCCCCAAAUCUGCCAGCCAUGGUCCUGUCCUCCUCUGAAAUAUGCCACUUAGAGUGACUCAAGGGGAAACGAGACUCGGCUGUCCUUCAACGGGUUGAGACACCAGAAAGGCUGGGGAGACACUAGAAGAGACUGUCACUCGCCCACAGCCAUUUUGUGUGGUGAGGAGAGCCCAUACAUUUAGGGGAAGCACGUCUGCUCAGCACAUCUCAGCAGCAGGUCAGAACGCCAAACACACAAAAUGUGAAUGAAGUCUGGAGUCACCUUUGGGACCGCAGGAUUAAAGUACCACCCACCACAUGUGACUUCCCCAUUUCUGGCUGCAAGUUCCAUUUUUUUAAAAUAGGAAUUUUCACCCCUGUGCUUGUUUGUCUGAUGUCUGCUCUGAACAGUUCGAGCCCCGUUACUGUUUUAAAAUGCAUGCGUGUUAAAAUGAAUCUCCAACUGGAGGACGAAAUAAAACUCAGAAAGCUUUGUGUA